AGUUGCUUUGACAAAGGACGAGUGUUGAUAAGCAAAAGAUAACGUUCCUGAAUAUUACUAAACGUGUAGUGGACGGUGAAUGAAAGGUCGUCUCUUCCGUCUUGCCAUUCCAAUCGUCACUAAUGGCUUCCCUUCCAUGGCUUUUAGCAUCAUCAACCUUCCUUCUUUUUCUCCUAAAAUUUCUCUUCAAACAGAUAUUCUCUACCAGAACAAAACCCAAUCUUCCCCCGGGCCCUCCCAAGUUACCCAUCAUCGGAAACCUUCACCAGCUCCGUGAUCCCAACCCCCACAUGUGUCUCCGCCGCCUGUCCAACAAGUUCGGCCCAAUACUAUACCUGAAGCUCGGCCAGGUCCCCACGGUGGUGGUUUCAUCGGCUAAAAUGGCGGAAGCAGUGUUGAAAACUCACGACCUUUCACUUUCCAGUCGCCCGACCAUCUUUUCAGCUAAACAUUUGUUCUAUAAUUGCACUGAUAUUGCCUUCGCCCCCUACGGUGCUUACUGGAGACAUAUCCGGAAACUCUGCAUCCUUGAGCUAUUGAGUGCUAAACGAGUUCAAUCGUUUAGCUUUGUUAGAGAAGAAGAGGUUGCUCGAUUGAUCAGUAGGGUUCAAGAAUCUUGCUCUUCUACUGUUGAUCUAAGCAAAAUGUUAGGAUUGUAUGCAAAUGAUAAUCUUUGUAGAGUUGCAUUAGGAAGAGAUUUCUCACAUAGAGGAGAAUAUGAUUGCCAUGGAUUCCAAAAGAUGCUCGAAGAGUAUCAAGAGUUACUUGGAGGGUUUAGCAUUGGAGAUUUCUUCCCUUCCAUGGAGUUCAUCCACAGCUUGACGGGUUUGAAACCGAAACUCCAGGACACCUUCCGGCGAUUCGAUCGGUUAUUCGACGAGAUCGUAAACGAACACCGUAUUCGACGAGAUCAUAAACGUAACCAGGAACACACUAAGGACCUGUUGGAUGUUUUGCUUGACAUACUGGAAAACAAAUCUGAUGGGAUUCAUCUCACCAUGGACAAUGUUAAAGCCAUCAUGUUGGACAUGUUUGCUGCAGGAACCGAUACCACUUUCAUAACUCUUGAUUGGGGAAUGACAGAACUUCUCAUGAACCCAAAAGUGCUCGAAACGGCUCAAGCGGAGGUCCGGAAAGUUGUAGGGGAAAGAAGAGUGGUCUUAGAAACUGAUUUGCCUCGGCUUGAAUACAUGAAAGCUGUCAUUAAAGAGACGUUCCGGUUGCAUCCUCCAGCACCGGUCUUACUCCCAAGAGAAUCGAUGGAAGAUGUUACGGUCGACGGGUUCGAUAUUCCGGCCAAAACAAGGGUUUUCGUCAAUGCAUGGGCGAUAGGGAGAGAUCCAGAGUCAUGGGAAAACCCGGAAUCGUUUAUGCCAGAAAGGUUUCUCCAUAGUGCGAUCGACUUCAAAGGGCAAGAUUUCGAGUUGAUACCGUUCGGAGCUGGCCGAAGAAGCUGCCCAGCUGUAACGUUUGGCACGCUGAGUGUUGAGUUGGCAUUGGCGCAGCUACUCCAUAGCUUUAAUUGGGAGCUUCCACCGGGAACUGAAGCUAAAGAUUUGGAUCUUAGAGAAAACUUCGGCAUCACAAUGCAUAGGAUAGAACAUCUCAUGGUUAUUGCCAAACCACAUUUCCCCUAGGACAGGGCAUCCUUGACUGCUCUGUAAAACUAUGUCCUGAUGUAAACUAUAAUGCAGAAUAAUAUAGUAUACA